UGUGUAUUUAUUUGCUCUUCUAUUAUAAGCAAGCCUCUGUUGUCGCUCAGUUUGCACAGUGGAUUUAGAUUCUCGAUCUAUCUAGAUCUAUAAUAUCCUAAUUCUAAAAUACGAAAAGUGUUGACUAGAGAUCUGAUCAAAAAGUAGUUUUUUUCCCCAGUACUGCAGAAUCAAAGAAUGAAUCUUUAUCCAAACUACUUGGUGGUGUGUGCGCUUUAUUUGGCGAUUCUCGUCGUUGCCAAUGCCGCAGAAGACUAUUACAAAAUUCUAGGAGUUCGUAAAUCGGCAAGUGACAAGGAAAUCAAGAAGGCUUUUCGGAAACUUGCUUUAAAAUAUCAUCCAGACAAAAAUAAAGAAAAGGGUGCGGAAGAGAAGUUUUUAAAGAUUGGUAAAGCUUAUGAAAUCUUAAGUGAUCCAGAGAAGAGAAAGCAGUAUGACAUGAAUGGGGAUGACAGUUUCAAUGCAAACAGUGGCCAUGGUGGAGGCUUCCAACAUGCUGAUUUCCAACAGUUUUUCAAGCAGUUUGACGAGGCAAUGAACAUGCACAACAGAGGUCAUCACUAUAAACACCAUGGCAACGAUGGCUUCAAGCACUUCAACAACUUUGGCAACGGAGGAAGUUUCUUUGAUUUUGAUAAUCUGUUUCAUGAUGAUGAUGAAGACGAUGUCUUCGAUUCUCUCAGAGGACACAGAAAACCUAGUGGUGGUUUUGGAGGUCACUUUGCAUUUGAUAGUGGUUUUGGUGAUGAUAUGUUUGAUGAUUUCUUCUCUGGGCACAACAAGUACGACAGGGCCCACAACUCAGGCCAUCACUUCCAUCACCACCAGAGGCACCAUGACUUGCACCAUAAUAUGCACCACAGCAUGCAUCAUCAGCAGUUCUCUCAGAACAGACAGCAGAGGUGUACUAAGGUGACGCAGCGUGUAGGCAACCAAGUCAUCACUUACACCCAGUGUUCAUAAAACUUGAUGGUUAAUUUCCCCUGUGUGAUAACUCUUCUCAGCUGUUUUUUUAGGCCAGGCAUUCAGUUUGGUUAGUGCCUUAUUGAAACUAAUGACAUUGCUUCCCUUUGUUUAGCCAGCUUAUUCUUUUCAUCCUUUAUUUGAAUAUCAAAAACUUGUUAUUUUUUAAAAUUUGAUGCACUGGUAUAGGGUGUAUCUGCACAUUCAAACAUUUUCUAUGGAACACUACAAUGUAUACCUUUAGAUCUCUUUAAGCUAGAGACCUAAACAAAGUUGUGAUAUUUGUGAAAGAAAGAUGCUGAACAUAUGAUGUACAUACUAUAGUUAUAUUCUAGUAUAGCUAGAUAUUUUAAUACAACAGCUAGUUGAAUGUCUUCUCCAGUAGAUAGGACAUAGUUAGUGGUGGUGGCUGGGUCUAUGAUUGUAGUUGUCUUGUUAGCCUACUUAUUUUAUUUGUUUAUUCAUGUUGAGAUCCAACUUGCUAUUGAAUUAAUACCUUUUUUAAUUUCAUUAUAUUUUUGGUUCUCCCUACUUAAUUUUGAUUCUAAUGUAAAACCUUAUAAAGUUUAGCUUAAAAUUAUUUAGUUGUAUGAGAUAUUUACCCUAGGUGUAGCUGUCUUGGUAGAGUUGAGCAAGAGUUGCUUGCCCUGCUGAGUCAGAGGGAGCUAGUAAUGCUAGUGUGGGAACCUCUGUUGUUGAUUUUGUUUUCUAUUGUGACAUUGCCAAUGUGAAGAAUACUGUCUUUCAUGGUGUCAUCCACUUCAGGAUGGCACUCAGAUGUAUAGUGUGACAGGUGUUUGAAAUAUCAGGUGAUGGUGUGACUGGUGUGUGAAGUGUCAGGUGUAUGAGGAGAGUGUGUAAUGAGAUAGGUUGUGUGUAUAAUGUGCGGAUUAAGUGUGUAUGACAAAUGCUGUAUUAAAAUAUUUCUAAUGCCUGGAGUCUCCUGUUCCUUAUAUUGUACAUAUGGUUAAUACCUCAUGAUAUUUAUUUUCAUGAAACUUGUAUAUUCUCUUCAUGAAAUGCCACUCCCCUUUUUACAA